UGGUAACACUGGUACAUUGAACGCGACGACGCCAGCAGAGCAGCAAAAAAUUGCAAUAUUAAUAAUAAUUAAACGUAAACCCCGGUUCUUAGCUUCUUUUGAUAAAAAAUAAUAGAUAAAAUCGGUAGUGAAACAUACACAAUUGUGGAUAAUUAUUGUGUCAAGUGUGCUGGCAAGGUGUCGGAACUGUGUUGUGGGGUGUAAAUAUGCGCGGCGCAUUUCUCUACUACUGUAACAUUAAUUGCGCUUCGACUGCGACUUUAUUAUUUGCUGCAAGAUGAGGCGAUCAGGUGGCGCGCCUAAAAAGUGUACUACUAACAAUAUAAUAUGUCUACCUAAAACCAAAGUGCAACGGCAGUGUGUGUGAAAAGUGUACAAAAUAAAACAAAGAAACAAGUAAGAAAAAGUAAAGUGAAAAUUAGAUGCAGAAGGGAACAGAGUAAAGAGUAAUAAAGGUACUCACUCCCAUACACUGACACUCACACAGAAGUACGUGCCAGCACCAAUACCAUCAACCAAAAACGCAUACACUCACGCACAUACAAGAGGACACACACACAUAUAUACGCUAAACACGAAGGCAUCGGUAAUCGUAAUCGACUGUUGUUGUUAUCCUGUUCAUUCUUGUCGCGCUACGUCGUGUGAUCCUUUGUUGUUGUUCACAGCGGCAGCAGCUGUGCCGUCUGCUGCUUUAAGCUGAAAACAGCACAUACGAAUACAAUCGUUCGUGUCCGGGUCGUGUUACUUGCUUACUACUGACUGCCUUGCCUUGCAAUCGGUCGUCGUUAUUGUUGUUUUUUUUAUUUAUUUGUUGUUGCCUGGGCGUCCUUGAAGUUCGUUCAGCUGCCCAGUCAGGCAGUCAGUGUUUGCGCUGUUUUGUUUUGUGCGUGCAAAAAAGUGUGCCCAGCAGCAGAAAGUAGCACAGUGAGAAUAGCAAAAUGCCGCCAGCAUUAAUUGGCAUUUCGGAGUUUGUGGAGGAGACGCGGGAUGACUACAAUUCCCCCACCACCUCCACAUUUGCAUCCCGCAUGCCGGAUUGCCGUCAAACGAUUAGCAUACUGGAAGAGCGCCUCGAGUUUGAUCGCGAGGGUCUGACGAAGCUAAAGAAGGCCGUCAAAGCCAUACACAACUCGGGCAAUUCGCAUGUGGACAAUGAAAUGUUUAUGAUGCGCGCCCUGGAGCGCUUGGGCGGCAAGGUCAUUGAUCAGGAUGAGCCUGACAUUGGCGCCGCCUUUCUCAAGUUCUCUGUGGUCACCAAAGAGCUCAGUGCACUGAUGAAAACACUGAUGCAAAACAUCAACAAUAUUGUCAUGUUUCCGGUUGACUCGAUGCUGAAGAGCGAACUGCGCGGCGUCAAAGGCGAUAUGAAGCGUCCAUUUGAUAAGGCGGCCAAAGACUACGAGGCCAAGUUUAUCAAAAUUGAAAAGGAGAAAAAAGCCCAGGCUAAGGAAGCGGGCAUGGUGCGCACUGAGAUUGAUGCCGCUGUGGUGGCGGAUGAAAUGGAAAAGGAGCGUCGCCUUUAUCAGCUGCAGACCUGCGAAUAUCUGCUCAAAUAUAAAGAGAUUAAAACAAAAACUGGCAUUGAGCUGCUGCAGCAUUUCAUCGAGUAUUAUCACGCGCUUAACAAUUACUUCAAAGAUGGCUUGCAAACGAUUGAACACUUUGGCACGUACAUUGGGGAUUUGAGCGACAAACUGCAUGUGAUCAAGCAGAAACAGGACGAGGAUCGACGCAGCCUGUUGGACUUGCGAACAUUGUUACGCAGCACACCCGACUUUGAGCGUGUCGAUAAUGUGCCAGCAUCGUCGGAGAAUCGUAGCGGUGGAGCGGGCGCCGGUUACUCGCUGCAUCAGCUGCAGGGUGACAAGCAUCAUGGUGUCACUCGUCAGGGCCAUUUGUUGAAAAAGAGCGAGGGCAAAGUGCGACGUGUGUGGCAAAAGCGUCGCUGUCGCGUCACCAGCGAUGGUUUCUUGGACAUUUUCCAUGCGGAUGAGUCGAAGCCGCCGACGCGCGUUAAUCUGCUCACCUGCCAGAUUAAGCCGGUGCCGGAUGACAAGCGUGGUUUUGAUCUAAUCAGCUACAAUCGCCCAUAUCAUUUUCAAGCGGAGGACGAGUCAGAUCAAAAAGCCUGGAUGGCUGUGCUGGUCAACUGUAAGGAGAAGGCUCUGACCAAGGCUUUCCAGCAUGCCAAUCCACAGAUGAGUCCCAGUCUCGUGGAGCUGCAAAAGACCGUCAUACGCUAUGUGCAACUGUUGCCCGGCAACGACAGAUGCUGCGAUUGCGGGUCGCGAAACGAUGUUACUUGGAUCAGCUUAAACUUUGGGAUCUUGGUGUGCAUACAGUGCUCAGGAGUGCAUCGUGAUCUGGGAGUGCAUCAUUCACGCAUACAGAGUCUCACGUUGGACAAUCUGACCACAGCGAAUCUGUUAAUUGCACGUGCCAUGGGCAACAGCACUCUGAAUGACAUUAUGGAGGCUAAGUUGGGCCGAGGCAAGCUCAGUCAUGAGAGCAGCAUGGAGGAACGCUACGAUUUCAUACGCGCCAAGUAUGUGGCCAAGCGCUAUGUGAUGCGCACUUGUGCGGACGACAAUGAUCUGCGCUGCGAUCUGGAGCAGGCCAUAGUUAAUGCGGACAUGAGUCAACUGCUACAGGUGUGGGCAGAGGGUGCAGAUCUUACCUGUUGUCUGCCCAGCUCAGAUGCGGGCGAAACUGCCCUUCAUUUGGCUGUACUGCGCGAGGCGGGCUCCACGUUGCACAUUGUUGAUUUCCUCAUACAGAAUAUGCCGCCCAAAGGCUUGAAUAAAGCCACCAAUCCGCCCGGACUGCUUGAUGUCACCGGCAAAAAUACGCCAUUACAUCUCUGUGCUCUGCACGAUCGGCGCGAGUGCAUGAAGCUAUUGCUGCGCUCCGGCGCCGAUUAUGAGCUCAGAAAUUCACAGAACAAAACAGCGCUGGACAUUGCCAAAGAGAUGGGUCACAACAGCUGCAAGGAGCUGAUUGAAUGUGCCAUAAAGCGUGAGAAGAGCGCCUUCGAUCACAUCAACACGGACUGGAAUUUGCCAAACGAGGAUGGUUCCACGGACUUUAGUGACGAUGAAACCGUUAUCGAUGAGCGCAAGUCUCGUUCACGUCCGCCCAGCUUUGCUGGCGGUGAUUCACCGGUGUUGCGUUCACGCUCCUCCACCUGCGACUCCAUACAGUCCAGUUCUAGUCCAAUUGCCAAUUGUCCGAGUCGUCAGUUUACGAUGCCCGGAUAUACACAAUCUGCGGGCACCUCGCCCAAACAGCACACGAAUGUUGGCCAGUAUCUGGGCAGUGGCAACAAUUUGGGUGUGAACAGCAGCAGCGGCAACGGCGGUGGAGGCUCUAGUCCCAGCUCGGCAUGCAGUCAAAAUGUGCGUGCUGCACGCAAUAGCCUGAACAUGCAGAGUGAACUGGCCCACGUGACGGGCGCUAGAAAAUCCACGUCCACGGCUAACAUGAACUCUUUAAAGAAGCGCACAGCACCUGCUCCACCGCCAGGUACUUUAGGCGGCGCGCCUUCAAGCAUAUUCUAUGGCACACUGCCGCAUCCGCCCAGGCAUUCGCAGAACAUGGAUGCGAAUGACAUACGCGCCAUCAAUCAUAAGAAUCAAUCCAUGGACGUAGCCUACGGCACGUUGCCGCAUAUGCGCAGUGUGGAGAGCUCGCCACGCAUUACAGGCGGCAGUGGAGCUGGCGGCGGGGGAGAAAGAGGAGGCGGUGUUGCUGGCAAUGGCAGCAACAGCAACUUGAUGCCGGCCAUGACUUCAUUCGGACACAAGCGUUCACCAAGCGGCGAGUCCUUGAAUCGUAAUAUUCAUUUGGCGGGUGCCAAGCUGGUACUGCCCCCUACUGGAGAGCUGCCUACGCUGAAGCAUGUGGACAAAUCGGCGCUAAUGAGACCCAAGAUACCACCACCAGGUCCGCCUGCAGAGCGGGAGAUACCAAAUGGACAGUCUAAUGAGAGCAUCAGUUCCAUGGACGAAGGACCUAUUGCACCGCCACGCAAGCGCAAGCAACAUAACUUGUUGAGAUUAGACCAUUCCAGCGAGGAAACGCUUAUCAAUCAAUCCGCCAAUUUUACGGACUAUGAGUCUUGGCAUACGGAUAUGGACUCUUCUGGCGGCGGUUUGGAUCACUCAGCCGAGUCGAAUGUAUCAUCCAGCGAUAACGACAGACUCAACUCAUCGCCGGAUAACCAGGGGAAAAAUGCCAGUGGCGUUGGAUCUGGUGGCAAAUUGCACUACAAUGGACAACGGCGUUGCCGUGCUUUGUAUGAUUGCGUGGCGGACAACGAUGAUGAGCUUGAAUUUAAGGAGGGUGAAAUACUGAUUGUGUUAAAUGAGCGCACAGACGACGAGAAUUGGAUGGAGGGUAUUAUUGAGGGUCAUCCAGCGAGGCGUGGCAUGUUCCCCGUUAGUUUUGUACAUAUGCUGCCCGACUAAGUGGUAACUCUGUGUCCCAAUUGUAUGAAUGUUUGUGUGGGAUAUUAUUUAUUACAAUUUUUCUAUCAUAAUCCUAUUAUAUAUAUUUAUUUGCUUUACUCGGUUGUAAGCACACAUACACACAGGAGCUAUACAAGUGUCUCAAAUGGGGAAACGUAAUUAUUUACAACUCUUAUUAAAAGUACCCAAUAUGUAAACCACAGACGUAUUUACUAUGUAUUUUUUUAAAUUAAAUACUGUACUCGUUUUUAAAGCAUAUACUAUAAGUAGGAACCGCUUUGAAUUGCUUUUAACAAACUGAAUAUGUCCUGCAAAUGUGUUAUAGGCUAUUUAAGUUGCUAGCUAUAACUACCAUCAUAUUAUUAUUAACUAUAUAGAACUUUUAAUUGCUAGCCAAAAAAACAUCACGCGGUCCUCAAAAAAGUUACUCUCCGAUGCUGUAAAAAUCAAUUGAAUCGAGAAAAUAAUGUAUUGAUAUAUGCACUAGGUUGAAUGCAAAUCGAUAUCGAUGAAAUUAUGUAUUGAUUAUGCUUAACAAUACGCUGCCAUAUACAAAUACAUAUAUAGUAUGUAUGUACUAACAAUAAGAAAAUAAAAAGCCGACGUGGUCUGGCUUCUUACUUUACAUUGAACACUCGUACACAAAUUAUGUAAUCUUGUUGAUGGAUUGAAAUGAAAGUUUAUAAAACAACGUUAAUAAAAACAAAUAGUUUACUCAAAUUAAAACUUAACUCAAUUGCAAACACAUAAAUCGUAAAUAAACCCUAUAAUGCUAUUACAAGAAAAAUACAUAUAAUAAUGCUCUAAAACAUAAUCUAAGUAAACCUUUCAACCCCUGUACCUAGAAGUUGUUACCAAUUAAGCACACAUAUAUUAUAUAUAUACAUAAAUAUGUAUCUAAUUCCAAAGCGCAGUCGAGAAAGAAAAUCAUAAGAAAUCUGGAAUGUUUCAACUUUGUUGUAUACCAUUACAUCAUCAUUAUUGUAUAUGUAUGUAAACUGUAGAUACAAUUUUUUUUAAUGUACACAACACCACCCUUUACAUUUUGUAUACACAUUUCAGUAUUUAUUUUAGCAAAAACCUUAAUAUUAUAUUAUAAAACAACAUAUUUGAUAUUAUACUUAAGACAAAUAAAAGAAAAA